CACGUUUAUUGAAUAAAAUUAGACUUUCCAGCUUCAAAAUGGUCCAAAAAGCGGCCAAAUUCCGGGGCAAGUACCGCAAGGUAGCCCCUGCGCCAAAAGGACCGAAAACGCUGCCGGAGGCCUCGUGGAAGAACGUUAAACUCAGUGGACCGGUGAUCUCGGACGAUGGAGCGGAUCUGGCCGGCUUUAUCGGGUUGGAGGUGCUGGAGUGCUACGACCGGUCGCUGGUGCAGAAGGAGAAGAAGAAGAAAUUGAAGAAGGACCCAAUCCUGGAGGAUGCCGAAGAAUCCAUGGAAGAACCAAAACUCAAACGGAACAUUUCCGAGGUGUCCGAGGACAGUGACGAAGAAGAGGAGGAGCGUCCAAAGAAGCAGAAAAAGGUAGCUAAAAAGGCCAAGCCACAGCCACCUUCAGACGACUCCGAAUCGGAUGACUUCUCCGAUGACGAUUCCGGAAUUGAUGCCAAACCCGUUCCAAAGACGAAGAAGGGAAAGGCCAAAGUUGAGGUUCGCGUUGAAGAUUCCGAAGAGUCGGAGGAGGAGUGCACCGCGGGAAGGUUUGUCCGGCUGAUGAAACCGGAAGUGGAGGAGGAUGACGGCCAGAAAAAGAAGAAGAGAAAACGAAAGAGUAAAAGUAAGCAGUGCAACGGUCAAGUAGAAACCAGUCAAGAAGGUGGGACCUACUCCAGUGCAGAUUAUUUUAAAUGGACCGAACUGGGCGUCUCGGAGCCGAUCGUGCGAGCCCUCGCCGACAAGGGCUUCCGGCAGCCUACAGAAAUCCAGACGCUUUCCCUCCCGGCGGCCAUUCUCGGCAAGCGAGAUCUGCUCGGCGCAGCCGAAACCGGAAGUGGUAAAACGUUGGCGUUUGGAAUUCCACUGCUGGAGGGAAUUAUGAAGUUGAAGGCGAACGGUGGUAUGAAGACCGUUAAGAAAUCGGAUGCUGAGGAAAGCCGCGAAGGUCACGAGUUGACGCCGGAGCCGGAUGAGCUGGAGUUUUACCCUUCGCCGGACGGGGACGAUUCGAUUCUUGCGGCGCAGGAUCUUGAGCGGGACAAAAAGAAGGAUUUGAACAAGCCACUUUACGCGUUGAUUUUGACUCCUACUCGUGAGUUGGCGGUGCAGAUCAAUGACCACUUGAAGGCCGUUACCAAGUACACGGACAUCCAGAUUGCGACGGUGUUUGGCGGGUUGGCGGUGGUCAAGCAGGAGCGCAUGCUGAAACGGUGUCCGGAGAUUGUAAUUGCUACGCCCGGGCGGUUGUGGGAACUGAUGCAGGCCGGGAAUCACCACCUGGCCAAGAUGGACCAGAUUCGGUUCCUGGUCAUCGACGAAACCGAUCGGAUGUUGGAAAAGGGUCACUUUGACGAACUGAAGCAGCUGCUAGAGAUGCUGAACCAGAACGAGGAGGCCACCAAGUUGCGCAGGAAUUACAUCUUCUCCGCAACGCUCACGCUGGACCACGAUCUGCCGGAGCAUUUGAAGGCCAAGUCCAAGAAGAACAAGAAGCUCAAAAUCACGAAGGAAACGACCGGCCAGCGGCUCAACAACCUGGUCCAAACCAUCGGAAUGACCGACCCCAAGGUCGUGGACAUCACCCAGCAGCACGGAACCGCCCAAACCCUAACCGAGUCGCGCAUUCUCUGCAAAGCCGAACACAAGGACUACUAUCUGUACUACUUCCUGCUCCGUCACCCAGGUCGAACCCUCGUCUUCUGCAACUCGAUAGACUGCGUCAAACGGCUCGUGUCCCUGUUCACCUACCUCAACUGCGACCCGCUCAGUCUCUUCGGCAGCAUGCAACAGCGCCAACGACUCAAGAACCUCGAACGCUUCACGCAAAACCCAGCCGCCCUCCUCAUCGCCACCGACGUCGCCGCCCGCGGUCUCGACAUCCCCAACGUAGACCACGUCAUCCACUACCAAGUCCCCAAAACAACCGAAAAUUACGUGCACCGUUCCGGCCGCACAGCUCGCGCCACCCGCGAAGGCAUCGCCAUCCUCCUGACCGGUGCCGACGAGGUCAAAGACUAUGUCAAGCUCAACCAAGCGCUUGGACGCAAGGAGGACCUCCCAAUGUACCCGACCUCCGACCGGAUGAUGAAGCAGGUUCGCGAGCGUGUCAACCUGGCGCGUGAAAUCGAAAAGACGGAACUGCGCCAGCGCCGGAGCAACGAAAGUCGCAGCUGGGAGGACAAGGUGGCGAAGGAGUUUGAGGCGAGUGAUUCCGAGCUGGACAGCGAGCAGGAGGAGAUGAAGCAGCUGGAGAAGAGCAGGGAGAAGCGCGCGAUGAAGGGAAGGAGGUUGGAGUUGAGCCGGCUGUUGGCGGCGCCGAUCGUGAUGGACCGGGUGGAGAUGAAAUUCCCCACGUCCGCGAUCGCGGUCAGCCUCCCCGCGGAGAAGGAAGGUUCCGCCAUCAAGCUCGUUCGCCAGGUGGUCGAGGAAAACAUCCAGCUCAAGAAGCAGCGCAACAAGAAGAAGAAAAAGUUUGAAUGAUUUUUCCGCAAAUAGUUAAAAAAUAUGAUUUAUUUUGCUUAUAAUCUAAAA